GGCAGCAAAUAGGGUGUGCGGAAACGUACGGGCAAGAGGAGCAGGCAGCCGAGGGAGAGAGAGCUCCAUGCAAAGGCAAAAUAAAACGCAUAUCAGAACAAACCCUUUAAUCCCCAACAAGCGGCGGCAGUAGCAGCAGCGAUCUUACAGCACAUAUAAAAAUAUCCUGCUCCUGCAUCAUGGUUUUUCAAACUAGGCUCCCUUCUUGGAUUAUUGUAUGCUCCAUCUGGCUGUUUCGCUUUGCACACACGGGGGAGGCACAGGCUGCAAAAGAAGUAAUAUUGCUGGACUCUAAAGCACAACAGACAGAGUUGGAGUGGAUUUCCUUUCCUCCCAAUGGGUGGGAAGAAAUUAGUGGACUGGAUGAAAAUUACACUCCUAUACGAACAUACCAGGUAUGCCAGGUCAUGGAACCUAACCAAAAUAACUGGCUUCGGACUAACUGGAUUGCAAAAGGCAAUGCACAAAGGAUUUUUGUAGAACUGAAAUUCACUCUGAGGGAUUGUAACAGUCUUCCUGGAGUACUGGGGACAUGUAAAGAAACUUUUAACUUAUAUUAUUAUGAAACAGACUACAACACUGGCCGGAAUAUCCGAGAAAAUCAGUAUGUAAAAAUAGACACCAUUGCAGCAGAUGAAAGCUUUACCCAAGGUGACCUGGGGGAGAGAAAAAUGAAACUUAACACAGAGGUGAGAGAGAUUGGACCUUUGUCCAAGAAAGGAUUUUAUCUUGCAUUUCAAGAUGUAGGUGCCUGCAUUGCUUUGGUUUCUGUCAAAGUCUACUACAAGAAAUGCUGGUCUAUUAUUGAGAACUUAGCUGUUUUUCCAGAUACAGUGACUGGCUCAGAGUUUUCCUCUCUAGUUGAGGUACGAGGAACUUGUGUCAGCAGUGCAGAAGAGGAGGCUGAUAACUCUCCUAGGAUGCAUUGUAGUGCAGAAGGAGAAUGGUUAGUGCCUAUUGGAAAGUGUAUCUGCAAAGCUGGGUACCAGCAAAAAGGAGACACUUGUGAACCAUGUGGCCGAGGAUUCUACAAAUCAUCUUCUCAAGAUCUACAGUGCUCUCGCUGUCCUACUCACAGUUUCUCUGACAAGGAAGGAUCUUCCCGAUGUGAUUGUGAUGAUAGCUAUUAUAGAGCGCCUUCUGAUCCACCAUAUGUUGCAUGCACAAGACCUCCAUCUGCACCACAGAACCUCAUCUUCAAUAUCAACCAGACUACCGUGAGUUUGGAAUGGAGUCCUCCUGCCGACAAUGGGGGAAGAAAUGAUGUGACCUACCGAAUUUUGUGCAAAAGGUGCAGCUGGGAGCAGGGUGAAUGUGUUCCCUGUGGGAGUAACAUUGGAUAUAUGCCCCAGCAAACUGGAUUAGUAGAUAACUACGUCACUAUCCUGGACCUGCUGGCUCAUGCUAAUUACACUUUUGAAGUGGAAGCUGUAAAUGGGGUAUCUGACUUGAGCCGUUCCCAGAGGCUCUUUGCAGCUGUCAGUAUUACCACUGGUCAAGCAGCUCCCUCGCAAGUUAGCGAAGUAAUGAAAGAGAGAGUGCUGCAGAGGAGCGUGGAGCUUUCCUGGCAGGAACCAGAACAUCCUAAUGGAGUCAUCACUGAAUAUGAAAUCAAGUAUUACGAGAAAGAUCAAAGGGAGAGGACUUAUUCAACAGUAAAAACCAAGUCCACUUCAGCUUCCAUUAAUAAUUUGAAACCAGGAACAGUGUAUGUUUUCCAGAUUCGUGCUUUUACUGCUGCUGGUUAUGGAAAUUAUAGUCCCAGACUAGAUGUUGCCACACUAGAGGAAGCCACAGCCACAGCCGUUUCCAGUGAGCAGAAUCCUGUCAUUAUCAUAGCUGUGGUUGCUGUGGCAGGCACCAUCAUUCUGGUCUUCAUGGUGUUCGGAUUCAUCAUUGGACGAAGGCACUGUGGCUAUAGCAAAGCUGAUCAAGAAGGGGAUGAAGAACUUUACUUUCAUUUUAAAUUUCCAGGCACCAAAACCUACAUUGACCCUGAAACCUACGAGGACCCAAAUAGAGCUGUCCAUCAAUUCGCCAAGGAGCUAGAUGCCUCUUGUAUUAAAAUUGAGCGUGUGAUUGGUGCAGGAGAGUUUGGUGAAGUGUGCAGUGGGCGUCUGAAACUUCCAGGCAAGCGAGAUGUUUCAGUAGCGAUCAAAACCCUGAAAGUUGGCUAUACAGAAAAACAGAGGAGAGAUUUCCUUUGUGAAGCAAGCAUCAUGGGACAAUUUGACCAUCCCAAUGUUGUUCAUUUAGAAGGGGUAGUUACCAGAGGGAAACCAGUCAUGAUUGUAAUAGAGUACAUGGAGAAUGGGGCCCUAGAUGCAUUUCUUAGGAAACAUGAUGGGCAAUUUACAGUCAUUCAGCUAGUGGGAAUGUUGAGAGGAAUUGCUGCCGGAAUGAGAUACUUGGCUGAUAUGGGAUAUGUACACAGGGACCUAGCAGCACGCAAUAUUCUUGUCAACAGCAACCUUGUUUGUAAAGUGUCAGACUUUGGCCUGUCCAGAGUUAUAGAAGAUGAUCCAGAAGCUGUCUACACCACUACGGGUGGGAAAAUUCCAGUACGAUGGACAGCUCCAGAAGCCAUCCAAUAUCGUAAAUUUACAUCAGCAAGUGACGUAUGGAGCUAUGGAAUAGUUAUGUGGGAAGUAAUGUCUUAUGGAGAGCGGCCUUACUGGGACAUGUCAAAUCAAGAUGUUAUAAAAGCAAUUGAAGAAGGCUAUCGUUUGCCAGCACCCAUGGAUUGCCCAGCAGGCCUUCAUCAGCUCAUGCUGGACUGUUGGCAAAAGGAACGUGGUGAAAGGCCAAAGUUUGAGCAGAUAGUUGGUAUUUUGGACAAAAUGAUUCGGAACCCAAACAGUUUGAAAACCCCUCUUGGAACCUGCAGCAGACCAAUCAGCCCACUUCUGGACCAGAACACUCCUGAUUUCACCACGUUCUGCUCUGUAGGAGAAUGGUUACAAGCUAUUAAGAUGGAAAGAUAUAAGGAUAACUUCACAGCAGCAGGCUACAACUCUCUUGAAUCAGUAGCCAGGAUGACUAUUGAUGAUGUGAUGAGUUUAGGAAUCACGUUGGUUGGUCAUCAAAAGAAAAUUAUGAGCAGCAUUCAGACUAUGAGAGCACAAAUGCUACAUUUACACGGCACUGGCAUCCAAGUGUGAUAGACAUUUCUCCCUUAUGAGGGAGGUGACAGACUGAGAGAACAACACUGGCCUUCAGUAUACAUGAAGUGCUGCUAGAAGACACUUGAUCUCCUGGGUCCUUCCUGCAGUGAAGAGAAGAUCUACAAGAAGCACCUACAGACUUGAACUCCUAAGUGCCACCAGAGGUUACUAAAAGGGAAUUGGGAUCCACCACUGAUGGCAAGGAAAACAGCAGUGACAAUAAACAAAGUACUACCUGAAACACAUACAAACACCUUGAGCUCUCUAACCUCCUUUUUAUCUAAUAGACUUUUUAAAAUGUACAUAAAGAAUUUAAAAAAGAAUAUAUUUGUCAGAUAAAAUCAUGAUAUUGUUAAAUUCAGCAAAAUAUUUUCCUUAAAUUUUGAUUUAAGAAUCUUUUUUUAAUCAUUUGUGUUUAUUCUUCAUAAAGACCUUCUUUUAGUAUGAUGUUUAUAUCUCUGGACCUUUCUAGGGCUAAUUCUAUGACACAUUACUACAUUGGGUACCUCUGAAAGGUUACUAGAAGUUUUAGAAAUGUAAGAAGCAUGACUGAGCAACAUAUAUCCAUCCAAACAUUGAUAUCCGUUUUUGUGCCAUUUUAUUCUGUUAAAUCAACAGUGUAUUGACAUGGUUUGCUAACUGGCAGGGAGUCAAGAAAAUGCAAGUUGCUAAGAGCGCUGAUAUUUUUUAAAGAAUUUUUUAAAGUUAAACAUAUAUUAUCUUUUAAAGAAAAAAAGG